CAGAGCGAUGUUGAACGCAGAGCUGCAGAGGGGACCGUUGGUAAGGCUGAGAGGGUUCCUGUGGGGCUGUACGGCACCAGCCGCAUUAAGACGGACUCUUCACAGCUGGGUUCAGGGACAGCUCUGGAGGAGGAGUACAGCGGAGGAACAGACUCGGAUAGGAGUGGAAAACUGACAGGACUAGCACAGUGAGGCUUUAUUAAGGGAAGUCGGAAGAAGGAAGGCAAACAUUUGUUGGCUGGGGGAUCAUGGGAAAUCUCCUGAAACUGCUGGCUUGCACCGAACUUGAGCAUGGCCCAAUAGUUUUCCUUGACUUUGAACAUGCUCAGCCCACAGAGGCAGAGACAGCCGUGUGGAACCAGGUUAGUGCCGUGCUGGAAGAGGCCCAUGGGAUACUGGCAGAGUUACAGUCUUACAAUGGAGCAGGACAAGAAAUAAGAGAGGCGAUCCAGAACCCCAAUGACCUCCAGCUGCAGGAGAAAGCCUGGAAUGCAGUCUGCCCCCUAGUGGCCAAGCUCAAGAGAUUCUACGAAUUUUCUCUCAGGCUAGAGAACGCCCUGCGCAGUCUUUUGGAGGCCCUCACUAGCCCACCUUACGCUCCCAUGCAGCAUCUGGAGAGAGAGCAGGCCCUCGCCAAACAGUUUGCAGAGAUCCUACACUUCACUCUCAGCUUUGAUGAGCUCAAGAUGACAAAUCCAGCCAUACAGAAUGACUUUAGUUACUAUAGGAGGACCAUCAGCAGGAAUCGGCUGAACAACCAGCAGUUAGAAGCUGAGAAUGAAGUGAAUAAUGAAAUGGCCAAUCGGAUGUCGCUCUUCUACGCCGAAGCCACACCCAUGCUCAAAACUCUGAGCAAUGCCACGACUAAGUUUGUGUCGGAGAACAAGACUUUGCCAAUUGAGGACACCACAGAUUGCCUGAGCACUAUGGCCUGCGUGUGCCGUGUCAUGUUGGAGACUCCGGAGUACCGGUGCCGUUUUACUAACACAGACACCAUGCUGUUCUGCAUGCGUGUGAUGGUGGGCGUCAUCAUCCUUUAUGACCAUGUUCAUCCAGUGGGUGCCUUUGCCAAGACCUCUAAGAUUGAUAUGAAGGGCUGCAUCAAGGUGUUGAAAGAGCAGCCUUCGAACAGCGUGGAGGGACUGUUGAAUGCACUGAGGUAUACAACAAGACAUUUAAAUGAUGACAGCACCUCUAAACAAAUCAGGGCCCUGCUUCAAUGAGAGCGAGAAAGAGACUGACUGUCAGAGAACAAACGACGGUGGCUGGCGAACCUCUGAAGCCUGUUUGUUUACAAGAGCAAAAUGCAA